AUGCCAGAAGAAUUUAUGAAAAAUACAAUUUGGCAACACAGUCCUCCUUGCCUUCAAAUGGAAGAAAACUUUUGGCCAGAAACUAAAUUGACGCCUCGUGAAUCGGAGUGUACAGAAACCCGAAGUCUUGAUGUUUCAAAGACAGUAAUGCAUGUCGCAGCUAGCGAAUUCAAUCUACUUUCACGGUUUUCCUCUUUUCGAACCUUAAAACGCGUUGUAACAUACUUAUUUGAGUCAGAGCUCAGCGCAGCAGGUGACACAAUUAUGAAACUUACUCAAGCCACAGUCUUUUCAAACGAAGUUGACUCCUUAUCGCGCAAUCGGGAAAUAAACAUUAAAAGCAAAAUUCUUAAUCUCAAUACCUUUUUAGAAAACGGCAUUCUCAAAGUGGGUGGAAGAAUCACGCAUUCUGAAUUACCGCAAAAUCAAAAACAUCCUAUUUUGCUACCCCGUAAGCAUCAUGUAACCGAUCUAAUCAUUCGAGAAAAACAUCUUGAAUUAAAACAUGCAGGUUCGAAGGCUACCUUAUACGCAAUCCGUGAACGAUACUGGACAAUUGAUGGGCGAAACGCAAUUGGACGAAUUAUUCACCAUUGCGUAACAUGCUUUCGCGCCAAACCAAGUAUUCCAAGUUAUACCUUGGGAGACCUACCCGCCUCUUGCUUGACAUUCACACGUCCAUUUCUGAACGUCGGGAUAGAUUAUCGCGGCCCCUUUUACAUCAAGGAAAGGCGUUAUCGAAACAUAAAAAGGGUCAAAUCGUAUGUGGCCGUCUACGUCUGUAUGGCUACCAAGGCAGUGCACCUCGAAUUGGUGGGCGACUUGACCACUGAAGCUUUCAUUGGCAGUCUUAAACGAUUUUUUGCACGAUGCGGCAAGUCAAAAUCCAUGUCAUCGGAUAAUGGUACCAAUUUUGUCGGUGCUAGCAGAGAAUUGAAAGAACUUCACAAACUUGUUAGCUCCAAACAACACAACGAAAUAGACGAUCAUUUUUUGCAAAAUCAAGAAAUUAAGUGGAAUUUAUUCCUCCUGGAUCUCCACAUUUUCGUGGGCUUAGGGAGGCAAUGUCCAGGUCACUUCCUUAUUGGUGGCCCUUUAAAUGGCUUGCCUCACGAAGAUCUUACACACAUCAAUCCUGGCAGACUGUCCUUGUGGCAACAUGCUCAAGUUAUGCGACAUCAUUUCUGGUCUCGUUGGCACAAGGAAUACCUUAACGAACUCACAGUUCGCAGCAAAUGGUGUUCUAAUUCUGCUGCAAUUACGGUCGCAAAAUUGGUGCUUUUGAAAGACGAAAAUCUUCCACCCUUACAGUGGAAUAUGGGACGUAUCGUAUCAACUCAUCCUGGACCCGACAACAUCGUCAGAGUAGUCACUGUGAAAACAACCUCGGGACUUUAUAAGAGAUGUAUUUAA